AACCAGCUCAUACCCAUACCUGAAUAUUGACAUUUGACCGUGCGGCCGGUCGUUGUUUCAGUGUUCUGUGGCGCUCCGGAGAGUUCGCAUCGCGUUCGUUUGAUGACGUCACCGAUUUAAAGACCGCACGAUUUCAUUUCUGCUUUACUGAAAUAACAGAAAAGCCAGGAUGGCGGAGGAGGAUAGUCAGAUGGAGGACGUGGAUACCAACUCGAAAUUCGGGUUUAGGCUGAGGGGCAGAAAGGGUGCUCUGAAAAAGAAGAAUGUGUACAAUAUCAAGGAUCACAGGUUCAUACCUAGGUUUUUCAAACAGCCUACCUUCUGUUCUCACUGUAAGGACUUUAUAUGGGGAUUCGGCAAACAGGGUUUUCAAUGUCAAGUGUGCAGUUUUGUUGUACAUAAACGUUGCCAUGAGUACGUUACCUUCAAGUGUCCAGGAGUGGACAAAGGGGCAGAUUCCGAUGAUACACGGACACGCCACAAUUUCAAAGUACAUACCUAUGGCUCGCCGACCUUCUGCGAUCAUUGCGGAUCGUUACUCUACGGGGUGCUCCACCAAGGAAUGAAAUGUACAGCUUGUGAUAUGAAUGUACAUAAACGAUGUGAAGAAAGUGUGCCAAAUCUAUGUGGUUGCGACCACACUGAACGCCGUGGUCGUAUCCAGUUAAAAAUCAACUGUUCAGGAAACAAACUCGUCGUAGAAGUGAAACAGGGUCGUAACUUAAUUCCAAUGGAUCCAAACGGAUUGAGCGAUCCCUAUGUAAAACUCAAGCUCAUACCAGAUUCGGAUGGUGUUAAAAAGAAAACCAAAACGAUCAAGGCAUGCCUGAAUCCAGAAUGGAAUGAGACCAUCACAUUCGACCUGAAACCGGAGGACAAGGAUCGUCGAUUGCUCAUUGAAAUUUGGGACUGGGAUCGUACGUCAAGGAAUGAUUUCAUGGGCUCCCUGUCUUUCGGAAUUUCAGAAAUAAUUAAAUCUCCAGCUGACGGCUGGUUCAAGCUCCUCACCCAGGAAGAAGGUGAAUUCUACAAUGUUCCAGUGCCGGAAGAAAAUGCUGAUCUGGCACAGAUCAAAACUCAAAUGAGGAAAACAUCAAUAUCGAAGAAACCAUCCAUAACAACAGAACAUAAAGAUGUUCCUCACAAUAUGGGUAAAAAAGAUAUUAUAAGAGCCAGUGAUUUCAACUUCAUCAUGGUUCUGGGUAAAGGCUCUUUCGGCAAGGUCAUGUUGGCUGAAAGGAAAGGCACUGACGAGCUGUAUGCAAUCAAAAUCCUUAAGAAGGAUAUUAUAAUCCAGGACGACGACGUUGAAUGCACCAUGGUCGAAAAGAGAGUCCUGGCUUUGUCCUCUAAACCGCCGUUCUUGGUUCAGCUGCAUUCGUGUUUUCAAACAAUGGAUCGGCUGUAUUUCGUGAUGGAGUACGUCAACGGGGGUGAUCUCAUGUUCCAAAUUCAACAGUGCGGGAAAUUCAAGGAGCCUGUGGCAGUGUUCUACUCUGCAGAGAUUGCUAUCGGUCUAUUUUUCCUACACAGCCGAGGAAUCGUCUAUCGAGAUUUGAAACUUGACAACGUGUUGCUGGAUCAAGACGGUCACAUAAAAAUAGCAGAUUUCGGUAUGUGUAAAGAAGGUAUAUUAGGUGAUAAGACGACGAAAACCUUCUGUGGGACACCGGAUUACAUUGCUCCAGAGAUCAUCUUGUACCAACCUUACGGCAAAUCCGUCGACUGGUGGGCUUAUGGAGUUCUGCUGUAUGAAAUGUUGGUGGGUCAGCCUCCCUUUGAUGGAGAAGAUGAAGAGGAACUAUUUGCAGCCAUUACAGACCAUAACGUUAGCUAUCCAAAAAGUUUAUCCAAAGAAGCUAAAGACGUUUGCAAAGGAUUUCUCACGAAGAAUCCCACUAAAAGACUAGGAUGUGGAACCAGAGGAGAAGAAGAUGUGAGGAGUCAUGCAUUCUUCAGGAGAAUCGAUUGGGAAAGGAUAGAGAAUAGGGAAGUUCAACCUCCAUUCAAGCCAAAAAUUAAACAUCGCAAGGACGUUAGUAACUUCGAUAAGCAAUUCACUUCGGAAAAAACUGAUCUCACGCCGACUGACAAACUCUUCAUGAUGAACCUCGAUCAGACAGAAUUCAUGGGCUUCUCUUUCCUAAAUCCCGAGUUUGUUCAGCACGUGUAAAGGCCGAAAAACGGGAUCAAAGUCUCAAUUUUCUGGACCCGGUCCGUUUCUGCAACCAUAACACCUCUUCAGAGGUGAGGGAGAGGUGAGGAAGGGGGUAGGUUAGAGCGAGUUGUGAUUCUGAAAAGUUGUGAUAGUUGUGGAGGCAGGCUGACUCGCUUUCAGUCAGAUGUUCGAUCUAGUCUUAUAGUUUUAAGAUUGUUUGAGCUUUUCGAUAUUUGAACAUGUAUAUUGAUUGUAGAUUCUUGCGAGGGAAGGUCGGAUUCUAUGCGUCCGCGGCAAUAUUCUCCAAGUUGCUAAUCAUCAGUUAAGAUUUAGAUUGUGAAGUU